AUGAAGGGAACCCGCAACCCGCCGCCGGCUCCGGCACCCUCUAGCUCCUUGACAGCCAAGAUCGCAAGUAAGGAUGGGUCUAAGGUCAUCACCAUCCCGAAAACGAGCGCCCCUGCCAUCGAUUCUACCCAGCCUACGCCGCAACCCUCACAGCAGCCCGCGCAGACUCCCGAGUCCGCGCCCGCGCCCGCGCCCACCCAAUCUGUGAAUCGCAAGAAGCAGAAGCGCCGCGCUAAGGCCGCAGCAAAAGCGGCCAAGGCUGCGGCUGCGGAGCAAGCUCGGAGUCAAGAGCAACAGCCGCCCUCAACAAACGGGGCAUAUGUUGCGCAGGAGGAACAGGAGCCCAAACCCGGCGACCAGCCGGCGCCAGACGCCGGCGAGCCUGAGGGAGAAGAAGAUGGACGCAACCAGAACGAGACACUACAGGAUCAGCAGGAUCAGCAGGGACAGCAAGCGCAGCAAAACGGGACGUCAAAGUCGAAAAAGAAAAAGAAGAAAAAGAAGAAGGACAAGGAUGCGGCAGGGCAGAACGAUAACUCCGGGAAUCCGUCCUCAUCCAAAAGUUCCGGCAUGUCCAGAGAAAAGAUCUGGAACACGAGUUCACAGGAAGAGCGAGAGCGCAUCAAGGAGUUCUGGCUAGGGCUGAGCGAGGCUGAGCGCAAGUCCCUCGUCAAGGUCGAGAAGGAUGCCGUCCUGAAAAAAAUGAAGGAGCAGCAGAAACAUACGUGCAGUUGUACCGUAUGCGGAAGGAAGCGAACCGCCAUCGAAGAGGAGCUCGAAGGCCUGUACGACGCUUAUUACGAGGAGUUGGAGCAGUACGCCAAUCACCCAAACCAAGGCGAAGGCCCUCCGAUGCUGCGCCCGCGUAGGUCGUAUAGCUCGAUGCGCGGGACGCGGUCUCGCGGCCUGACUGCGAGGUAUACCAACCACCAACCGUCCCAUGGCCGAAUCGUCGAGCAGCUGGGGGAUGGGGAGGACGAAGAGGCCGAUUAUGACGAUGAUGGUGGUGGGGACGGCGAGGCUGACGACUUCUACAGUGAUGGAGAGCUGGAGGAGGACGUGUACAGCGAUGAAGAGCCCUCGGAACUGCACCGAUCCGACUACGCUGCCGAUUUCUUCAACUUCGGAAAUAGCCUGACUGUGCAGGGCGGCAUCCUUACUGUGGCCGACGACUUGCUCAAGAACGACGGCAAGAAAUUCAUUGAAAUGAUGGAGCAACUGGCCGAACGGCGAAUGGCUCGCGAAGAGGAUGCUCGAGAACAGUUCGAGCGCGGCUACGACCACGCCAACGGAGACCGUUACGGUCAUGGACAUCCGGCACCCCCCGACGAUGAUGAUUAUGAUGACGAAGAGGAGGACUACGAAGAGGACGAGGAGGAUGAUUAUGAUAGCCAAGAGGAGGAGGACACCAUGACCGAGGAGCAACGCAUGGAGGAAGGCCGAAGAAUGUUUCAAAUUUUCGCUGCUCGGAUGUUCGAGCAAAGAGUACUGACAGCCUAUCGUGAAAAGGUCGCUAAAGAGCGACAAGCCAAACUCCUCGAAGAAAUUGAGGCCGAAAACAGGCAAGAAUCCGAACGGAAGGCCAAAAAGGCCAAAGAAGCACAGAAACGGAGAGACAAAGCUGCCCGGAAGAAGGAACAGCAAGCCGAGGAGAAGGCUCGCAGAGAGGCUGAAAGAGCCGCUGAAGAAGCUGCUCGCCAAGCGGAAGAAGCCCGGAAGGCGGAAGAAGCCCGGAAAAAGGCGGAAGAGAAACGUAAGAAGAAGGAGGAGAAGAAGAAGCAGGAAGAAGAGGAGAGGCUGCGUAAAGAAGCCGAUCGGCAGCGCAAGAUUCAGGAGCGUGAAGAGGCAGAGCGGAAAGCUCGCGAGGCCAAGGAACGGGAGAAAAAGGCUCGCGAGGAAGCGCGGCAAAAGGAGAAGGAGGCUCGCGAGCAGAAGGAACGUGAGAGGAGAGAGCAGCAAGAGCGGCGAGAAAAGGAGGCCAAGGAGAAGGCCGAUAGGCAAGCUAGAGAAGUUAGGGAGCGUGAGGCGAGAGAAGCCAAAGAGGCGAAAGAAGCCAGGACGAGGGAGGUUAAGGAGAAGCGGAAGCAAGAGGAGAGGGCUGUGCAAAAGCCCACAGCACCGGCAGCCGCCGUUCCGGUCCCCGUCACGCUUCCCAAGCGACUCUCUCAACAGCAACAGCAAGAACAGCAGCCGAAGCCCGUUCAGAAUACAACAGCGACUGCUUCAGUGCCGGUUCCUGUUGUCCCUCAACAACCCCCGACUUCGUAUGCUUCGCCAAAGGUUUCUGUUGCCACCCCUGCUCUGCCCAAAGCCCCGACCUCUAUGCGUCCACGGCAAGCAUCACAACAGCAGGAGAGCGCUCCGGCUCCCUCUGCGCCAAUCUCAAAUCCUCCAUCUGUGGCAAGUCAAAAUCCAUCUCCUCAUCCUAUUACUCCGGUACAUACAAGUCCUGGACCUAUUGCCCCUCCGGGCAAAGCCGGGAGCCUAAGUGCUCAGAGUGGCCCACAACCUACGUCUCACACAGCCUCUCCGCUCUCUAUGCCGUCCAAAUCGGCACUCUCAUCGCAGCCGGGUCUGUUUGGCCUACCCCCUCCCUCCGGCAAUCUACCGUUUCCUCCCGGUCUUGGGCAAGCCCAAGCACCACCGGUUUUUCCCAGUCCGAUACUUCGAGACAGCUUUCAAUAUUCGUCACUCUCUAGUUACCGGUCUUCAUUGGGUGGUAUGGGACCCGCACCCCCUCCUGGGCUGGGCGGGCCGAUCGGAAGCAGAGGAUAUCAGUCUGUUGCUCCACCACCAGGCUUCCAUGUUCCCAUGGAGUCAUCUCCUGUCUCCAGCAUGGCUACGGUUAUGGGCCCGGGCAUGCAGAGGGAUGGCUCUUCAGCCCAUUCUCGCCAGGGCUCUGGCAGUUUCGAAUCAAGCGCCUCUCAGUCCGUCAGUCGUCCAACACCUAUCGGGCGGCCCGCAACCAUUGUCCAGGGGCAAAGACCCUCCAUCGACUCUCCAAGUGUUCCGCUGAGAUCGGAGCCUGAUGCCCAUCUGGGUAGCAGUGCACUCUUGGACGAUGUCGACGACGGCCCGCAGGAUUUCCCUGGCCGCCUGCCUCGAGGUUCUGUAAUAGGGACACCACGGCCAGCGCCAGGAUUCAUGAAUCCUUUUGCGACGGAUCCCAUGUUCCCACAUAUCAACAAUAGUCCCUGGGGUCCGCCAGCCAGUGUACCUCAACCCAACCCAUUCGGCCCAUUGCCACCGCCUCCUCCAGGUUUCGGUCAUGUCCCGAUAGCAUUCCCUAACCCAUUAGCGACGCCGUGGAGCCUCGCUGGACAGACAACAUCUGCGUUUGGAGCACCGGUGGUUGUUGACAGGCACAGCGAGCCAUUGUCAGUCGCCGUCCGGAAAAUGCUUCGUCGCGCCUGUGAAGAACUUGCUGCUGAAGCCGACAAUACGACGGUGCCAGAUUCCACCAGCUCAGCCAGCAAGGAUGGCUUCAUCCCCUUGUCUAAGAUAAAGGCCAGGGUCGAGUUAUACAAUCAUAACUUUCCUGUGGAUGAGAAGACACUUCUCGAUAUCUGUGAGACUGAGGGGAAUGAAACCAACGGCGGCGGUAACUUUGACGUCCGAGACGACCCCAAGGCAGGCAAGAUGAUACGCUUUGUCGAUGAUGAAUCCACGGGGCAAAAAUGCGUACAACGGGCAGUGGGCGCGGUGGGCGCCAAUGCCACUCCAACCAGUCCCAUCCGCGGCAACCGCUAG